GUGGGUCUAUCAAGCCAUGGUGCGCAAGAAACUCUGCGAACAAACCCAGGACCUCGGGCCAAGUUGGCGCUGAAUCAAUGUCCGCCUGGGUGAUACCAGUGAGAUCCGUGCAAAAGGUGGACAAUUGAGGCCUCCAUGUAGGUCGAACAUAAGAACGGAACUCGGCUACUUGAACAAGGCUGCUUGCACGGCCGUCUUCCGUCUGAUCAUUCCAACGAAGAAGGAUGACUGGCCAUUCUAUAAUCUCGUUUGGAUAAUCAAAACCGCAGCCGCUGUGACAAGUUGCCUCGACAUCCACGACAAGGAAAGCAUCAUAAGGUUGCAUAGUCCGGAUGUCCUCCACGAGAGUCUCUGCUACACUCUCAGUAGGACUUGACCAGUCGCUCUGGACUAUAAGUUUAUCUGGCGGGCGGAUAGGAAUGUUGAUGGGGGCGGAGGGAGGCUUGAUCACAGCUUUCGCAGAGCUCGCAGCGGACUGUCUAAAACGUUUUCCUUUACUAAAUCUGUCGCUUCGCUUGUUCUGCCUUUGUGGCGGCUCCUGGGGCAGAGACAUUGGUGAGGUCGUUGACGAUAAGGUCUUGCGAAAAUGCGGGGCAACCACGGAGAGAAACCGGCGAACAGAAAAAACAGUAGCGAAGAAAACAAGAAGAACGGUUGCAGAUGGCCAGAUGGGCACCGAUCCAAUAAACUCCAGAGGCGACCUGGUCAUGGAGAGAAUACGGGAAGCUCGGAUGCUCUUCGUGAACCGAAGCUGUCACGUUGUAGCACAGCCCUCAGCGGCUUUGAGACAUUAUUGGGCGUCUCAAAGCUUAUGUUUCCUGCGAGGCGAAGAUGCGCCCAAGCACCAAGCGAUUAAGUUGUAGCGAUUUCCGAUAACCUAUCCCUAUCCCUUUUGAAAUUGCGAUGAUCGUGCAUUUAUGGCGCCAUUGAUCAAGACGCAAUAAGUAACUCCAAUUGUCCGAAGAUCCCACGGCGUCAUCCCCAAAUUACGAUGUGUGGAAAGCUGGCCCCUCUGAAUAUCCGCACAUACUUGCUCCCAAAGUUUGCCUCGCGGUUGGCUACUCUUCGAAGGCCCUUGAGGAUCCCGAGGUUCUAAAGCCCAUUCAAAGCUAAUGUUGAGGCCACAGUGCCAGUGUUCAAGUUCCAAUGUUGUGGAUAUCCUCUUGG